CCAUCGCCCGCUCCUCACUGCCCCGCGAUUUUUGCGUGGGCUCAGAGGCGGAGGGACAACAAAAAAUGGCGGAGCGGAGCCAGACGGCGCCUGAGGCAGGCAACGAUACGGGAAAUGACGAAGCCAUCGGAGGGAAUGUGAGCAAAUAUAUGGUGCUUCCAACUGGAUACACUGGACAGCCCAAGAAAGGACAUCUUAUCUUUGAUGCUUGCUUUGAAAGUGGCAACCUUGGACGGGUGGACCAGGUCUCUGAGUUUGAGUAUGAUUUGUUCAUAAGGCCGGAUACCUGUAACCCACGCUUCCGAGUCUGGUUCAACUUUACUGUUGAAAACGUGAAAGAAUCACAGAGAGUUAUUUUCAACAUUGUUAACUUCAGCAAAACCAAGAGUCUUUAUAGAGAUGGGAUGGCCCCUAUGGUGAAGUCUACCAGCAGACCGAAAUGGCAAAGGCUACCACCUAAGAAUGUUUACUACUACCGCUGCCCAGACCAUAGGAAGAAUUAUGUGAUGUCCUUUGCAUUUUGUUUUGACCGAGAAGAAGAUAUUUACCAAUUUGCUUACUGCUACCCAUAUACAUACACUCGCUUUCAGCAUUACCUUGACAGCCUGCAAAAGAGAAACAUGGAUUACUUCUUUCGGGAGCAGCUCGGUCAGAGCGUGCAACAGCGGCAGCUUGACCUCCUGACAAUAACCAGCCCCGAAGACAAAUCUGACCUUGAAAACAGUGUGAUGCAGAAGAAAAUAAAAAUCCCCAAACUUUCUCUCAGUCACGUAGAAGAAGAUGAGGAGGUUAAAGAUUAUGGGGAAGAAGAUUUACAGCUUAGACACAUCAAGAGACCUGAGGGCCGGAAGCCAAGCGAAGUGGCGCACAAGAGCAUCGAGGCAGUGGUGGCCCGGCUGGAGAAGCAGAACGGCCUGAGCCUGGGCCACAGCACGUGUCCAGAAGAGGUCUUCGUGGAGGCCUCGCCGGGCACGGAGGACAUGGACAGUCUAGAGGAUUCCGUCGUGCCCCGGGCUCUGUACGAGGAGCUGCUGCGCAACUACCAGCAGCAGCAGGAGGAGAUGCGCCACCUCCAGCAGGAGCUGGAGCGGACUCGGAGGCAGCUGGUACAGCAGGCCAAGAAGCUCAAGGAGUACGGGGCGCUUGUGUCCGAAAUGAAGGAGCUCCGCGACCUCAACCGGAGGCUCCAGGACGUGCUGCUCCUGAGGCUAGGCAGUGGUCCCGCCAUUGACUUGGAAAAAGUAAAGUCAGAAUGUCUCGAGCCCGAGCCGGAGUUACGGAGCACUUUCAGUGAGGAAGCAAAUACGUCGUCCUAUUACCCUGCUCCUGCACCUGUCAUGGACAAGUAUAUCCUAGACAAUGGCAAGGUCCAUCUGGGCAGCGGGAUUUGGGUUGAUGAGGAGAAAUGGCACCAGUUACAAGUAACCCAAGGAGAUUCCAAGUACACGAAGAACUUGGCAGUCAUGAUUUGGGGAACAGAUGUUCUGAAGAACAGAAGCGUCACAGGAGUUGCCACAAAAAAAAAGAAAGAUGCAGUCCCUAAGCCUCCCCUCUCGCCUCACAAACUCAGCAUCGUCAGAGAGUGUUUGUACGACAGAAUAGCACAAGAAACUGUGGAUGAAACUGAAAUUGCACAGAGACUCUCCAAAGUCAACAAGUACAUCUGUGAAAAAAUCAUGGAUAUCAAUAAAUCCUGUAAAAAUGAAGAACGAAGGGAAGCAAAAUACAAUUUGCAAUAAACUUUGGAUUUUUCAUAAAGCCUUUGCGUUUUCCUUGUGUGGCAUGUGAUUUGCAGGCGAUGGUGCUGUCCAGAUCAGACCCCACCGUGCACGGUAGUGUGUGGGCAGGGAGCCAGUAGGGUUCUGGGGUCAGCUUGUUCUGAACUUGGACUUCCUGCUCCAAAGAAGGCAGAUGGAUUUGCUGAGACUCGGGCAGCAGCCUGGCGCCUCUGUCCUUCUAGGGAUGGGAAAGCACUGUCUUUUCAGAGGGGGAUAAAGUCUCUCUGAGUUGUCUAUCACUUGACCCAGAAUUUGAACUGAUAUUUUUGCCAUUCAAGGACUUCUAUCUCUGUUCCUCUAUUUUGUUCUAUAAUAAAGGUUCAUUAAUUCUUU